AUGUUCACCUCAACGGCUUCGAAACAAACCUCCUCUUCCCAAUCGACUCGAUCAUCGUUAACGAGUUCGAGUAUUGGACAAGGAGCCACCUACAAUGGAACUUCUGCUAUUGGUCAAGGAGCUCGAGUGAGCUAUGUUGAGUCGCCGAGAAGUCCCCGAACACCCAUGCAGGGUCAUCUUGGCACGAGAACAUCAAGCUCAAGAACCCAAGUCUCGACUUAUACUGGAUCUCGAGGGAGGGAGUACUGGUGUUGGAGGAAG